CUCACGCUCUCUCUCUCUCUCUCCCUCUCUCUCUCUCUCUCUCUCUCUCUCUCUCUCUCUCUCUCUCUCUCUCUCUCUCUCUCCACCCCCAAACGCAGCUCCAUCUUCAGACCACACUACUCAGUACCCUAGUGCAACAUCGGGGCUCUGACUCGGAUUUUCUCACGAUCCCUGAAGGAUUAAUUUGUGUUGUUUCCUCAUCGUUUUUGACUUUGUUCUCCAUCUGUUUUUGACUUUGAGCCCCAUUUUCUUUGAGGAUGUCGGUGGCGGGUUUGAAGAAGCAGUUUCAUAAAGCCAGUCAGUUACUGAGUGAGAAGAUAAGCGGUGCUGAAGGGACAAAGCUUGAUGAGGAUUUCAUGGAGAUGGAGAGGAAAAUUGAUAUCACCAACAAGUCUGUGUUUGAGCUCCUAACCAAAACCACAGAAUACCUCCAGCCAAACCCAGCAUCGCGAGCCAAACUGGGGAUGCUGAACACCAUGUCAAAGAUCAGAGGACAGGUAAAAACCACCGGUUACCCACAGACAGAGGGGCUUCUGGGAGAUUGCAUGCUCCGUUAUGGCCGUGAACUUGGAGAGGACUCUACGUUCGGUGGUGCUCUGUUGGAUGUGGGCGAGGCUCUGAAACAAAUGGGCGAUGUUAAAGACUCACUCGAUAUCAACGUGAAGCAGAACUUCAUCGAUCCGCUGCAGACGCUGCAGGACAAGGACCUGAAGGAGAUUGGGCAUCAUCUAAAGAAGCUGGAGGGACGGCGGUUAGAUUUCGACUAUAAGAAGAAGCGGCAGGGGAAGAUUCCCGAUGAUGAAAUCAAGCAGGCCGUGGAGAAGUUUGAGGAGUCCAAGGAACUUGCAGAGAGGAGCAUGUUCAACUUCUUAGAAAAUGACGUGGAGCAGGUGAGUCAGCUAGCAGCACUGAUCGAGGCAGCGCUGGAGUAUCAUCGUCAAUCCUCCGACAUCCUGGAGGAGCUCAGUGGCAAAUUACAGAGCAGGAUAAACACAGCAAGCAGCAAACCUAAGAAAGAGUUCAAGCCAAAGUCCAUCAUAUCCAGCCUGGAGACCAUCAACAGCAAUCAGCAUAAUGGCGUCUCCUACACUUCCUCUCUGAAAUCCACAGAUAUUCAAGUGAACCACAGUGUAAAUGGAAAAAUUGAUUACAUCAGCCAUCCGCCUCCCUUUAACCAAGCGUGGUCCGAAAGCCCCAGAGUGAACAGUCAGACGGAGCUGCACAUGGACCAGCCGUGCUGCCGCUCGCUGUACGACUUCGAACCCGAGAACGAGGGGGAGCUCGGCUUCAAGGAAGGAGACAUCAUCAUCCUCACCAAUCAGAUCGACGAGAACUGGUACGAAGGGAUGAUCAACGGCGAGUCAGGCUUCUUUCCCAUCAACUACGUCGAGGUCCUAGUGCCCCUACCGCAGUGAGGCUUGUAACACUGACUCUGUACAAGAGACACACGCAAUGGAAGCUUCAUCUUUUACUGCUUUAUGUUUCAGCAUCUAAGAGUAGUGAGUCAAGUCAACUGGAACGGUAUUAGAAUCUUGAUGAGUAGAGAACCAUCUCAAAAGUUAGAACAAGUCCAGUCACCUUGAUUCAUUACUUCUAGACAUUUAGUGACCCGGAUGCCUGAAAAACCUGGUAGGCUUCAUUUUUUUCAGUAUUUAUUUCUCUUUUAUAUGCACUAUCCGGUGUGCGCUUCUGAGUUAGCCUUUGGCAUUAGUUCAGCGCUCUUUUUUUCCAGCUACGUGGAUGGCUAGCUCUCUCUCUUUGGUUUGUUUUUGUUUGAUUUUUUUUAUUGUUUGUUUAAAUUCCAGUUUGUAUGUGGUUUGGCAGUUUGAGUGCCUGCACUGAGCUUACAUGUCACCGAAACACAGUUUAUAAAAUGUGUACUGCUACUCAUGGGAAUGUUUAUCUCGCCAAGUACUUAAUCUCUCUCUUGCGCACUUGCUCGUUUUCUUUUCUUUUUUUCUGUCUACAUUUGACUUAUUGUGAUUAUCUGGAAUCAUGACAGCAGUAACAAACGCUAAAUCGGAAACAAUGCCGAGAUUGAAGUACAGAGUGGGUGAUGUGGCAAAAAUAUCACAUCACAAUACUUUUCUCACAAUGCACAAUACUUAUUGUCACUGAGGUUUGGUUCAAAAAUGAAGAAAAAAAUGAAACUGUUGUUUAAAAAAAAAGAUAAUCAGCUACUUGUUACUGUAACAGUAGAGAUGAUAGGUCAGUCAAAGGCAGGGGUUCUCAACCUGUUUUGGACAGUGAUCCCAUUUUAAAGGACCAAAACAAUGAAACAAAAUGUGCAAAUAUCUGUAAAUAUUAUAAACAUGCACUACCGCUGUAUAUGAUCACUUAAAAUUUGUUAAAGCAACAAGAUUUGCGUUUCUAUGCUCUGUGGCACUCUGAUGCUCUUGCACUAGGCUACAGAAUACACACUGAAGUAUCACCCAUGUGUCGUUUAGAUUUCUGGGCAGACUAUUUAAUAGACCGAUAUUUUGUAGUGUUUCUAGCUAGGAAAUAAGACGAUGCAGUGCCAAUUAUUUUUAUUUUAAAUAGUCGCUCUGCAUGCUGUCAGUGUCUGUUGUGCAGGCAACUUUGAUUAACGGUGCAUUGGAUGUUGUGUGAAAAGCUAACGGGAUUCGAGUAAUUAUGUGACAUUAAACUGACAUUUAAUUCUCAUUUUAAAUCGUUACAUAAAUCAGGUUCAUGUGCGUAGAGCUACAUACAUUGUAACAAUUUCGGUUGGUAAAAACCAACCCUGACCCCAUGGUUGAGAGCUGACGUGGUAAGGGCUGUUGGAUAAUAUAGCAUUUCUCAAUCCUGGUCAUGGAGUACCACUGCCCUGCAUGUUUUGGUGUUUUUCCUUCUACCAACUCAGCAGAUUCAACUCAUGAGCUAAUUAACGAGCCUGAACUUGGUCGAAUUGGUUAGAGAAAAAAAAAAAAAGCACCAACAUGUAAAUGACAGGUGUGCAGCAGGACCAGCACCAAGAAACAGUUGUGUAAUGAAAAAUAAAUCAGUAGAAAAAUACAUCAUAGGCUACACCAACAAAAUGCUUUUUAUGAUGCCGAGUUUAAAAGUAGCAACAAAAUGAGUAGCACAUAGAUCAUAAGAAUCACUCCAUUUUAAAACUUGAAAACAACUCUAUGUAAUAGUUCGAAUGUCUGCGGUGUGCCGUUUACUUCAUUUUCUUACAAGCAUGCCGUUCUCCUUCUUCUCUUUUCUUGUUCAUAAGCGAGACCAUAUUUUAUACCAAAAACAUUACCUCGACCAGAACUGAGCAGCUCGUCAGCAAUUUAGCUAUACCAUGCACUAUAUUAGUCUGCAUUUUAAAACAGUAGUUCAUCACUGGAGCUAAAAGGCAAAUGUAGCUAACCAGAAACAGAAGUCUGGGUUUUUAUAAAUAUAUUCUUCAUUAAUGUCAUGCAGACUGGCUGAUGUGGUUUAGGACACAUGCGACCUGAUGGUUUGGCAUUAACUUGUCUUCUUGCCAUGACACAUAAUGUUUACACAGAUGCUAACUGGCUGUUCUGGUGAACCUUUUUGGAUAUCACAUUGUCACAUCACCCACCUCUGUGAAUGUCUCUCUCACUUCCUGAAGUGCUUCUUUAUUUUGAAAUUGUGUUCGUAUUGCACUAAAGCUUUAGAAGCAACAGUCACACGGCACAUGGCUCUCCCGUUUGCACUUUUUACCGAAUCUGUCUGCCAAGCCACGAGCACGAAUUGACAUCAGCCUGUCUCAAUCAGUAAACAUAUAUAACAUAUAUAGAGGCAUCGAUAUCCACACUGACUGUCUGUAAUGAAAAACCACCUGUUCACCUUGGAGCUAAUAUUUUCCCCAAUAUUAUACACUGAAUGACGUUACAAAACCAAAACAAAUGCAUCAUGUUUCCAGUGAUCGAGUUGUUUGCAUACAAAGCUUUAAAAUGCUUUGUAUGCCUUUGCUUGAUUGUUUUAAAACUGAGACUGACAUUUCUGCAUGAACUGAAACCUGAUUAGCCAAGUGCCGAUGUUACAAUUUCAUAUCAUUGUUGAACCAUCACAAUAUUGCCUUAAAAACAUCACUAAUGAUAAAACACAAAGACAAACUAGCUUGUACUUCAGAAUAAUACUGAAUAACCUUUGGAAUAAUUGUUUGUGCAUAAAGGUACAGCAAUUUUAGAUUAAAUAAUAAAGAUAAUCGGCACAUGACUAGUCCUGAUAUUACGAAAAAAAAAAAAAAAGUGGUAAAUGACUGUAUUUCUGCAAUGCUACAAAACUACACUGUGUAGUUUAAUCGAGCCUUUUGGAUUUUUUAUUUGAACUUUUGAGGACUACUUUAUAAUAUCUGCUGUGUGACGACAUUUGCAUGGCUGUGACUGCCUUUUUCUGUGCCCUGAUUUGUCACUGUUGUCUUUGCUGGUACAAUGAAUGCUCACUAGAUGUGAUGAGGGAGAGACAGGGAUUAUUUUGAUACAGGAUUAACCAGUUAAACUUAGGGCUGCAACUAUUGAUUAUUUUGUUUUUGUAUUUUAUACUGUAUUGCCUCUAAUAUUUGAGUAUUCUAUAAAGAAAAAGAGCUUGAGACAAAUUUACUGAGAAAUCCAACAGUAGAAUCCAAAUUGAAUGAAAGACCCUUAUGCGCGACAUCAUGCCAAAAUGAUAAAAUUACCCACAGCAAAAUGUUUGCUUAAAUGAUAUGACACAGAGGUAAGAAAAAUGAUAAUAGGUGAUUAUCAAAUGAUAAAAAAAAUGUAUUUCAUUGCCUUGCAUGUGUUACGCCACACUGAUGUGGUGAUUACCUUGCAUGUUAAUGAUAGCUUAAUGUUGCUAGUAGUUGAACUAUUAUAGUUGUAAUAGUCGAACUGUUUUACCGUUUGAUUGAAUGAUCAAAUUGCUAGGUUUUCUCAAGUAUCCGUUGCAGCCCUAGUUAAAAUGCAAGUGCUAUAAAUGGCAGGUAUCUGUGAUGUUAAACUCUCAGAUUGUGAUAAUUGUUUAAGGUUUUAUCACUGUUUGUAAUAUUGUCACAAUCUUCUAUUUCUGGGAGGAAAAAAAGAAUUCUAUUCCCCAUGUUUUCCAACUUUCAUGGAAAUUUUCAUGGAAAUUUGAGAAAGACAUUGAAUUCUCAUUCACAUUUUUCCAGAAUAAGGAGCCAUCUGUACUUGUUAUCCUACUGAACAGGGCAGGCGUUAUCUAAGGAGCACAAACGCUACCUAGGCAUGCCUCUCCCAAGUAUAAUGCAAAUUUUGUGUGUGUUGAAUAUUGCAGCAUAUUGUAGAACUGAUAAUCAGCACACGCCUAAUCCACGCUCGGGCCACAUCUGCUUUCCAGGAAACCACUUGCCCAGUGGAACACUUUAACAGUAUUUUUACGUUCUACUCGUUGCCAUAUUAUAUGAUUUUUGCAGGUUUGAUAAAGAUGAUAAAGUUGGCAUUGAUACAGUAUUGACCAGCGGCACAUUUUUACAGUAUUUUUCUUGUCGCCAAGUUGUUUUUUUUUUUUAUUGCUUUUGCUUGAACACAAAGUGAAUAGGAAUGAGACAAGCUUAAGCAGGCCUUAAUGUGAAAUCCUUAAGCUGUGGUGCUCCAUCUGUUGAGCUUCAAAUAACUUUGUCUGGUAAAACAUGUUCGAUUGUUUAUGAUCAUACAGGAGUUCAGAGAGGCGAUGCGUUCCAUUUUUAUUGUCCCCUAUGAAAACAUUAGUCAAGUUUAAAUCUUAUGGCUAGUUAAUCCCGCAGUUAGACAUAGACACUGUCAAAAUGUAUGAUAAACCCAAAUGAAUGAAAUCAAAUGUAUCGAUUUUUUUUUUUUUUGUACCUGUCUUGAUUGGUAUUGCAAAUCAUACUUAAGAACUUCUACUAAAGCACAUUUUGGGCCUUCUUUUUUUUUUUUUUUUUUUUUUUUUUUAAAUCAUUUUGGUAUAGAUAAAUAAGGAUGAGGAAUGAUACAAGGUAAAUUCCUGAUGCAAACAUCAAAUGUGGCAUUAAUUAGACCAAUUAUUUACUUUUCUUAACCAACUUUCACUUGCAGAUGAGUCAUUAUAACGGGACGGAAUAAUAAUAAUAAUAAUAACGCAGGUUCUCUCUGGACUUGUGUAAAACACUACUGACCCUUCUACCUUUACACGUUUUGUCCUGUAGCUUUCCAGUAAUUUUUGUCACUACAGUACUUUUUCAGAGAGAGAGGCAUGUGGACCGUGUGUAUUUUUUUUCUCCUUUUACUCUCUUUAGUAUAAUUUAUACAGAAAAUGUUUUAUAGAUGUAAAUGAAUAUAUUACAAACUGUAUAUUGCAUAAAUAAAUGACAAAUGCUGCAUAAUUGUUGA